AUGGAUCAGAGCAAAGUUGGAGUGAAAUUUACUGAAUCAACGAAACACAAUCAAUUGAAAGAUAGGAGGUACGAAGCGGCGGUGUUUAUCAUACCUGAAUUUCGGUGGCGAUUGGAAGUGCAAAUGCUGUUGAAUCAGUGUGAUAUUAGCUACAGGGAAAGUUUGAUGUUGUUUGCUAAAGGUUUAGGACCAACAGCCCAAAUGAUUGCCAACCGAAAGUUACAAGGAUGCUUGGAAGAUGCUUCCAAUUUUCAAACUCCAGCUUCAAACUCUUUCGGACAAGUUGCUACAUGUCAAGCUCCUGCUGCAUUUGCCUCUGCUCAUAAUGGUCCUAGGACUCUGGAUACAUUAAUCCCAAAUACGUCUUGGGACUUAUUUGAUCCCCUUCCUGGGUGUUGUUCAGCCCUUAAAACAGCAACUACUGACAUAAUUGAUUUGACUGACGCUGAUGAUGGAGAAAAGGCUCAUACGAGUGAUAGGAUGAGUGUUCGUAGUGCUUUGGGGGGAAAAGUUGUGACCAACCGCGAACAUGAUGGGAAGAAGACUUUUAGUAUUAGUGACAGAGACAAGGUUCUUGAGAAACAAAUCAGUAACACCCAUCUGGGAUUGAGUUCUUCCACUUCUGGAGCUGAAGUUUUGAAUUCCUGCAAGUCUCUGGCUGCAACAGUGGACUCGAGCAAAACAGAUAGUCAAGUGCAGCCAUCGAAUUUAGCUUCAGAGAAUUCUUGCUCAAACAAGUUUGAAUUCAAGUUGAGAAACAGUAACAGUUCGACAUCAUCUUCAUGGAUCUGGCAUACCAGUGGGGUCUCAAGUUUGAGUCUGUCCAAUGGCUCCAUGGCAGCUGCAGUGGGACCAAAAGGUGAGAAGAGUAGCUCCUCCCUGCAGCAAGGGGGCCAUACUGUGGAAUCAAAUGGUGUCGUGCCAUUAGUCUCUCCGUUUGCUUUUGAUCUACCUUUCUUGAAAGCACGGCUUAACCAAAUAAAUCAUUUGGGGCAAGAUGGUUUCUUGCAACCCAGAUUCCAGCAAGUUUCUGUUAAUGAGGGACCAAUUCCAUCAUCAUCAUCCUUGGGCCAAGUAAGCAACAAGCGAAGGACUUUUGGACAUACCCACCAAGCAGAACUGACCAUUCAAUCUUCUCAGUUGGCUAUGGCUAUUAAUAAUCAACAAUAUUCAGUACCAUCGGACACUCCGGAUACUAAUUUGGCUUUACAGCUACAGCUUUAA